AUGUCACCAUUCAUACUUGAAUCUCCAUCACCCCUUUGCAAAACUUCUCAAUUUUCACAAAAAAAAAGAGAGAGAGAGAGAGAUAAAAAUCAAAUGGGUUUACGAUUCCACACAAUUCUUCAUCACGCUAAACACAUAGUCGUUCGUCACCAUCAACAUUCAUCAUCUUCAACUGCAGUGGUAGCAACAAAAGGAGAUAAUUACGUGCCAAAGGGUCAUUUGGCGGUUUACGUUGGGGAAAAUAUGCGUAAAAACCAACGAUUUAUUGUUCCGAUUUCGUACUUGAGUCAUCCUCUGUUUCAAGACUUGCUGAAGAGGUCCGAAGAAGAAUACGGAUUUUAUCAUCCCAUGGGGGGAAUCACGAUCCCCUGCACGGAAAAUGCGUUCAAGAAUAAACCAACCGGACUGCCCAAAGGCCAUCUGGCAGUUUACGUUGGGAAAUUUCAAAGGAAAAGAUAUGUUGUCCCAAUAUCUUACCUAAACCACCCAUCGUUUCAAGAUUUGUUGCACCAAGUGGAGGAAGAAUUCGGGUUCAACCAUCCAAUGGAGGACUUACAAUACCCUGCAGUGAGAAAGCAUUUGUUGAACUCACUUCCAGAUUGCAGCUGCCAUGAUAUGCAACAAGAAUAA